GUCGUACAAAGCAGUUCCAAUUUUGUCAUGUGAGGACAAUUAAAAGACAGCAUAUUGACAUGUUUAGGACACAUCGGUCCAUCUUCAUGUCCAGUUAGCUGACUUGCAAGACUUCAAAGAUUCCCACUGAUCUCUCAUUGGUCAAUGGACCGUUAAUCUUUAUGAUGUCAUCCCUCUUUGUAGUUUUCUUUUAUGUCGUCCCGCCCUGUGGGUACUUAAGUUGAAUCGGCAAACGAAGAAUGCAAAGUCAUUUGGUGGGUGAUGGAGCGAGAGCUGGCAGUCGUGUGCGUGCUCAUGGAUAUGCUGGUGACUAAGUUGACCAAGCAGAAGACGGACCUCUUCAUUGAGAAGCUCCACGGGGCCCUCGAGGAGAAGUUCCAGGGCCACUGGUACCCAGACAACCCCAGCAAAGGACAAGCAUACAGGUGCAUUCGAGUCAACAUGUCCAAAUGUCAGGAUCCAGAACUUCUUCGAGCCUGCAGGGAGAGUGGUGUGAACUUCAGUGACCUCGGUUUGCCUCCUGCGCUCACGUUAUGGGUGGACCCUGGCGAAGUCUCCUGCAGGAUUGGAGAAGACAGCGCUUGUUUAACAGUGGCCAGGUUCGUCAACCCCAGCAACAAGAGCAAAGCAGAAGAAGGUCGUGCACAAGUGACCCAGACUGACGAGAGCGUGUGCUCAUGCAGCAACUGGGAGUCUUCAUUGGGAGAUGAGAACAUGGACACAUCUUUGAGCUGUCGUCUUCCGGUAUCAUGUGGUACAUCGUCUGCGUUUAUCUUUCUUCUUUUUGUCUUCUUUUCCUUUCAUAUUUUCUUUGCAAUGCAGAACAUAAAAAGCGGCCAUUAGAAGAUAAAAGUCAUCUGAACCUUUUUAGCUUUCAUUGACAGAAAAUCAGUGUGUGAUAAGAUGCACAGGAGAAGAUGGCUUACAGCAAUCACAGGGCUAUUUUAUUCUUUUCAAUAUAUAUAUAUGUAUAUAUAUAUAUAUAUAUAUAUAUAUAUAUAUAUAUAU